AUGCCCGCCGCACCCGUCGACCCGGCGCCACUGACCGACAGCCCGCUCAACCUCGGCGCCAGUGUUGCUGCUCUCCCCGGCUCUGCUGUGGGCUGGGUAGAGAGGAGCGGUUUCCCCCUUGAACAGAGAGGACCAAAGAACACUCUUCAUACAGAGAGGAGCAGCUUUCCUGGAUCGUGGAGUGCAGGGGGGGUGGCUUCUGAGUCGACUCACAAGUCACCUUGUUUCCCUGGGUCCUGGAGUGUAGGGGGAGUGAACUCUGAAUCGACUUCUGAGUCGACUCAAAAGUCGCCUGGUUUCCCUGGAUCCUGGAGUGCAGGGGGGCAAGAUCUGACUGGGUUUGGCGAUGCACUAAAGAGUGACGCGUUUAGGGCAGCGAUCGGUGGUGGCGGUGGAGGGGUGGGUGGCCGGGUGGGCGGCGGGGCGGGCGGCGGAGUGGUGCGGGCGGCGUGGAUGGCGGAGAUGUGGGACGAGGACGUGCCGCCCGCUUUCGUGGACUGUAUCACGCAGGAGAUCAUGCGCGACCCGGUGAUCACGGCCGAUGGGCACUCAUAUGAGCGUGCUGCCAUCGAGAAAUGGCUCGUGCACCACGACACGAGCCCCAUGACUGGCAAAGUGCUGCCCCCCUUACACUCCACACCUGCUGCUACUGCUGCUAUAACUACCACGGAUGCUGCUACAGCUGCUGACCCCUUGCAGGGAGCCUCUUUUUCUCCUUGCCUUGUGGGGUGCAGCUGCAAGCACAGUGGCAGCUGCAUGGUCCGAGGCCGGUGCAGUGCAGUUGGGAGUGGGGAGGGGUGUGUUGAGAGCGGUGGUGAGGGGUGCAGCGGGCAUUGCGUGGUGGACAAGACGCUGCGGCCGAACCACAUUCUGCGCGGGCAGAUCAUCGAGUUUCAGGAGAUGAUGGCGCUGCAGGCAAGGGAGCGCACAGCAGCAGCUGCACCCACACGCACUGCACAUGCAUUUGCAGCUUAG